CGCGGGCCGGGCUGCGGGCGGGGGCCGGGCGGGGAGCCCCGCGGAGGACCGAGCCGAACCUGCGGAGCCGGCGCGCCGAGCCCGGUCUGGGGAGACUUCUGGGCCCCCCUGUACCCCAAGGCAGCAGAGCCUCGGGCAGAGCUGGUGAGACCCCCGGAGGGAAGGCAGUCUGUCCCGCCUGUUCUGGGCAAGGGGCCGUCUGGCCAUGUCACCCGUGGCUGCUGCUGAGCCGGACGGGGCCCAGCGCAACAGGUGCGUCAGCAAGCUCAUCUUCUUCCUUUUUGUCUUUGGUGCCAUGCUGCUGUGUGUGGGGGUGCUGCUGUCCAUCUUUGGGUUCCAGGCAUGCCAGUACAGAAUCUUCCAGGACUGCAGCGUGGUGCUGAAGGUCGCUGGGCCGGCCUGUGCCGCGGUAGGGCUGGGGGCUGUGAUCCUGGCCCGCUCCCGGGCCCGGCUUCAGCUCCGGGAGAGCCGCCUGCGGGGCAGUCCGGCGGACCCCGACCGAGACUUCCUCUGUGGGGAGAGCCGCCAGUUUGUCCAGUGCCUCAUCUUUGGGUUUCUGUUCCUGACAAGUGGCAUGCUCAUCAGCAUCCUGGGCAUUUGGGUCCCCGGCUGUGGCUCAGACUGGGCGCAGGAAGCGCUGAACGAGACGGACUCUGCCGACACAGAGCCGCAGAUGUGUGGAUUCCUGUCCCUGCAGAUCAUGGGGCCCCUGAUUGUACUCAUGGGGUUGUGUUUCUUUGUGGUGGCCCACGUGAAGAGAAACAACCUGCACGAGGGCCAGGAUGCCUCCGAAAAUGAGGACCCGCAGAUCCGGAGCUUGGAGCCUGUCCAGGUCACCGUAGGUGAUGCCGUGAUCCUAUUCCCGCCGCCGCCACCGCCCUACUUUCCCGAGUCCUCGGCUCCUGCGGCGACUCGAAGUCCUGGGGCUGACGGUUUGCGUCUAGAUGAAAAUCCACCUUCGUAUUACAGUAUUUUUAACUAUGGUCGGACCCCAGCUCCUGGGCGCCAGGGCGCGGCCCCCGAGGCGCAUGGCGAAUCCAUAUACACCAUUUCCGGGGCUGCUGCGGCCCCCGACACCCUCCCACCCCCCGAGCUGCCUCCCAGGUACGAGGAGAAGGAAACGGCGGCCGCCUCGACGCCGACCCUGGGCUCCGGGCCUGCCGCGCCGUGAGCCGUGCACUCCGCUUCCGUUUUCUGGAAAACUGAUGGCUAUUUUAUUUAAUUUGUUUUUUAAUAAAAAGAAAAAAAAAUACCA